CUUCUUCCCUCAAUCCCACCCUUGACACUCAUUAAGACAUUCUUGUGGGACUUUUCCUCUGCAGGUCAGGUACAAUCGAUUUCUGGAACCUCCUGAACUGCUGCAAUUGCGUCCAGUAAUCGCCGCUUAAUAUUUGUAUACCAAUUGUCAGGAUCCCAGCUUCAAGUUCAACCACGUCGGUCUACACCGCCAUUCCCUCCUAUUUAUUCCCUAUUUAUCAGUCAGUAUCGACCUGUCUCUCUUUUUCUAAGAAAAAUUCCUUAUUUCGCUUUUAAACCUGUUCAACAUGUUUUCGCGCUCCAUUCAGCGAUACCUGGUUUCUUCAACUCGAGCGCGCCCAUGGCUCCCACCGAGGCGGCCCGGUAGGGUGUGCGCGAUGUUUUCUGGCCAGAAUUUCACACAGAGCGCAAUCCCUGGAGCUCCUGAUCCUCAGGAUCAGCCGAACCAAGACGACGGUAAAGGCAAAGACAAUGACCAGGAGCCUAAUCUCAAAUCGACCAUCCUGAAAAUGCUGGAGUCAGCGGCAACGACUUUCGCGUCAAUUGCUGUCUUAGGCAUUGCUGGGUACUCAUACCAUAAAUAUUACAAGUAUCUCAUUCUUCAGAAGAUGGAGAACGCUUUUGAACCAGGUGACCCUGCGCUUGAGGUUGCCGGCGUGGGUGCGAAGCAGUAUAACCAUGAGGAGCACUGGUUGGUUCGAGACGAGCAACACAAGAUCGACCAGAUCAUCUCCGGUGGGAUCCCGGGCCAUUACUUCCUGCUCAUCGGUGAGAAAGGUACUGGGAAGACUUCUAUGCUUCUGGAGGCCAUGCGCAAAAUCAAUGGAGACGGGUGCGCAAUUUUCGAUGCUCAUGGUGAUCAGGAGAUUUUCCGGAUCCGGCUUGGGAAAGCGCUAGACUUCGAGUUUCAUGAAGAUUACAUCGGUAGCCUCUUCAGCAUUAAAGGACCGAGGGAUACCACCGCCCUCUUGGAUAUUGAGCGUGCAUUCAACAAGUUGGAGAAAGUCGCAAUGAAAAGGAGGUCUAAUGGGAAAGCUCCGCUUGUACUGAUCAUCAACAGCACACACAUGGUCAGGGACGACCCCGAUGGCCAAGACCUUCUUGAGAUGAUCCAGCAAAGGGCCGAGCAGUGGGCAGCCAGUAACCUUGUUACAACAGUUUUCAACAGUGAUGACUACUGGGUUUAUGAAAGACUAAAGCGUUACGCAACCAGGAUGGAAACCAUCCCAGUGGUGGACCUCCCCAAAGAAAAAGCAAUGGCAGCGUUGAGAAAAUACCGCAAAGACUACUUCAACGAGCACCUAUCUGAUGAAGUCCUCAAAGCAGUCUACGACAAGGUUGGAGGCCGCCUAUCGUACCUCAGCAGGGUUGCAAAGGCCCCGGAUUUCAUGAAGCUAUGCAACGAUAUCUGCGAAGCUGAGAAGACUUGGUUCCUCAACAAAUGCUGGAUCCUUGGAGAGGAGAUGGAUGACGAUGUCAUGGACCAGCAAAAGUAUGCUUCUGCGGCUAUGGUGAUGGCAAAGGCGCUGGUGGAUAAGGAAAAAGCGAUGGAGAAAACGUACGACGAAGAGAAAGGCCAUAUACUUCCGGAAAUACCACUUCACGAGGCACGACAGAUUAUGACCAGGGCCGACUUCAUCCAGAGCUAUGAUCACGAGAAUGUCUUCACCAUCAACUCGCGCGCGAUGGUUCGGGCCGAUUCGGUACCUAUGCAGCACGCGUUCCGCGAAGUCUGCUCCCAGCCCGGAUUUGAAGAGCACCUGGAAGCCACCCUUGAGCGUAUUAGUGCUAUUGAGAGCUUGGGCCGCACCAGAGAACUAACGAUCAAGGAUCUCUGGGAUCAUGGAAAGUACCAGAUAGCGAUGCGGGAUACCAAGGGUCGCGAGCAGGGGACUUUGGAGUUCUUCACCAAACCCGUGGAGAAAGAUGACGACUGAGAUGUCAUCCAAUUAUCAAGAUGUAAGAGGAAUGUUUAUGAUUUAUUUGUUUGGGCCGGCGGCAUAGGCCCUAUACCCCUGCCGUACUUGUGCACUGAUGAUCAAUUGGCUAUCGAUUUUAACUACCGCUUCUAUAUAUAUAUUUUCUAAGACUUCCAGUCGGUGCUCGACGAUUGAUCUGCUCUGCACAGGGAUGAGAUCCGGGACCGACAACCUCAUUCUAUUCAA